AUGGCCAACUCCUUGGAAUCCCUGUUAUCAUCAUACGGCCGCCCGGCCUUGGUCAAUUCCGUACUUCCGGCACUACUAGAUGCUAUCUCCGAAAUUGGGACCUUGCUACGCGAAUCACAAAACGUCACUCUUGCGGGCACCAGCAAUGUCUUCGGCGAUGGACAAUUAAAUGUCGACGUCUCAACAGAGAAUGCUAUGAGAAAGGCACUUGCCAGAUGUCCCUCUGUUCUGACAGCAAGCAGCGAGGAAGAUCCAGUGGAGCGUCCUGCAAGUGAUUCCCAGGCCAAGGAUGCGGCCACCACUUCCGAACAGUACACGGUCGCAUUUGACCCCCUGGAUGGAAGCUCAAUUAUCGCGCCGAAUUGGACUGUCGGUACUAUCAUUGGUAUCUGGGACGGUGCUUCAGCACUCCACCAGAACCCUGCUGAGAAACAAAUUGCCUCUGUCUUGGGCGUUUAUGGCCCACGUACCACCGCCGUCGUGGCCCUGAGGAUCCCCGGAGCUAAGCCAACUCUCAUUGAGCUUGGAAUUAACAAUGGUUCUCAGGAUUACGAAAUUGUUCGAUCCGAUGUGAAACUUGCACCACCGCCGUUUAAGGCUCGGUACUUUGCUCCGGCUAACCUUCGUGCCGCUGGAGAGUAUGAGCCUUACAUGCGACUCAUCACUUACUUCAUUGAAGAAAAGUACACUUUGCGGUACAUUGGUGGCUUGGUACCGGAUUUGGUACACGCUUUGGUGAAGGGGCAUGGUGUAUACGUUUCUCCCGUGACAGAUAAACACAAGGCGAAGCUUAGACGCUUGUAUGAGCUGAUUCCUAUUGCAUUAAUAAUGGAGUGUGCGGGCGGAAAGGCUAUUGAUUCGGCCACUGGUGAGGAUAUCCUCAGCAGGCCGCUGGGUGAUUGCAAUGAGACCGGGGGUUUGAUCUGUGGAACUGCGGAAGAUGUCGAAAUUGUAAAGAAGAUGUUGCUCUCAUGA